CCGGUGCAUACAGCUUGAGAAAAGUGGUUGGUCGGAUGUGCACAGAAGGGAUGUCUGCUGAAGGGGACGUGAAUAUGACAAAGCUUUGCAGAGCGGAACAUACACAGCAGCUGAUUUCAAGAAGAUGCUCAUGACACAGGCGAUGAAAUGGGGAAUGCUUGUUGAAGAUUCUAACGACGAGCUGAAGAGCGGUGCAGCGGAAAUUUUGUUGCUGUCGCGUUUGAAGGACAUACUGCAAGCUCCCCCGCAAGACUUCCAAGAUUUUCCAGUCAUUAUUGCAAACGAGGUGGAGUAUGUUUUACUCGACCAUCUGGUGGAUUUCAUGCAAAAGAGUGCUCAGGAUCGGAAUGUCAUACAUGAGGCAUUGCAUGAUGUGACAGAGCAAGCACUGGCGGGCAAGGACCUCGUUAACUACAAGGUGCGGACUGUGGAAGAGGAUGUCAUAUAUGAAACUCCAUUAUGGGAUGGAAUAUUCAUGGAAGCUUUGCAUCGCCUCACCAUCGCGACUUCUGACGUGGACAGAAAGAGGUCAAGGGAGGAAGGAUGGAAGUUGAUCGCCAGGGAAGCAGAUGUUGCACUUAAAGCUGCAGAUGGACACACUUCAUCAGGGGAAGAAAUUGACAGAACAGUCUCCUUCGUGCAUCACAGCCGCCAGGCUGAAGCUGCAGGGUGGCAAGAGAAGAAUCUACGCAGUGAUGAUUGGUCCGAAGAAGCGCAUGUCAUUCUGUGGUACCGCGACUGGCGCACAACGUUCGCUGACCUCGUGCGUGCUGCACUGAACAACGUUGAAACGGUGUCUUGCCUCGAAAUACAACAUCCCAGGGAGGACAUCGAAAUCUGCGACUCUCGCACGGGGCAGUUGAGUCACCAUGUCCAAACUGUUAUCAGAGCGGACAACGGUGUGGACACGAAUGGUAGAACACGUUAUGUCAUCCCUCUGUCUCUGUAUUCAGACAAGACUCAUGUAGACGGUCAUCAAAAGCAGACAGCGUAUCCUCUGAUGAUGUCAAUCGCCCAUCGCCCAUCAGAUGUCACACUGCUUGCGUAUCUUCCAGUGCUUCAACACCGGCCACGUGACAAGGGAUGGGGUCCGCACUCCACCGCGUUUAGAAAACGGAAAACUGUGAUAUUGCAUAAAGCGUUGUCAACAGUAUUGCAGUCCGCAAAGGAGGCAUCCCAUGACGGCAUGAUGGUAACAACGGAGCGGUUCGGUGAGAUAACAGUGCACCCUUUCGUCAUUAACUAUAUACAGGACUAUCCUGAAAGGUGUGCCCUUGCAACUGUGAAAUUCGGUAGUUGUCCAACAUGCACAGUGUCCAAAGACGAUUUGGAUGUCAUCGCCGAUUUCACCAACUGCAGGAGAUCGCAGACGAUAGAGACGCAACUUGUCGUGGACUGCUUCAACAGUGGGGACAACGACAUUCGUCGUGCUGCUGAGGCACGAAUGUCAGAAUUGGACAUGCAUAAGCAUGUUGAAGAGAACGGCCUAUGGGGAUUCUACAGGGGUCCGCAUGGUGACGAUCCUGAACUAGAUUACCAUCUCGCUUUGCAACCAGACCGAGGCAAUCGGUCGACGGGUAUGACUGCAGAGGCUGGAAAGAGACCCAAGAGAGUGGACGAGGAACACUUGUUCCCGUUCACGUGGAAAUCAAGAAGACACGCCAUAUCGAUAACAAAACGGGACGUAUUGCGAUUGGGUGCCAAGCAGUGGCUGAACGAUAACGUGAUCGAUAUGUACUUACAGUCCGUCUAUGACGAACAUUUUCUAGACGGAGACAAUAUGACACUUCAUGUUUGCACAUCUUUCUGGCACCCCGCAGUCAUCGCCAAUCAGAAUGUUUAUGUCGUGAAAGCGGGAUGGCAGGAGAGGAUCAAGAGUACAUCGCCAAAGCUACGUCGAAUAAGCAAUGAACUGCGAACAACAAGUGUUGUUCUCAUCCCUGUGAAUCACGAAAACCAUUGGAAAUUGCUCUUGCUACUGAAUGUCGGCCAGUUUUUGGCAGUCACGGAGGACAACGAUGGCCAGAAACGACCUGUUUCAAUCGUCAUCGAUUCCUUUCAACAGAGCGGUCGACAGGAAUAGAAGGCGUUGCGCACAUUUUUGUGGUAUGAAUACCUCAGCGAGGCAGACAAAGCAGGGGUGUUGACUCCCGACAAAGUGGACACGUC